AUGGCGACCAAGCGCGCGUUUGAUGUGGUGCUGGCGGCGACGAAGAGCGGGCCCGCGGGGGAGAGCUUCUCGUACCUCCUGUCGCGAUACACGGAGGGGCAGCAGCAGCAGCAGCAGCGCGAGCGCCAGCAGGGGGCUGCCACGGCGCCAAUCUCGGCUCAGCAGCAGCAGAGACAGCAGCAGGACGAGGCGCAGGCGGCCCCCGCGCCGCCGCGCAAGCAGCAGGGCGAGGCCGGGGCGCGCCAGCGGCAGCAGGCGGCGUCGUGCGCGCUGCACGAGGCGCAGCAGCCGGGGACGGACGGGGGCGACGCCCGAGGGCGGGCCGCGACGGGCGCUGCCGCGGACGCGCCGCAGCUCAUGGCAGUUGACGUGAUGUGA